AUGGAGAUCGAGACCAUUCACCUGCAGGACGACGGCUCGCACCCCAACGCCUUGGGAUUGUCACCAGCUGAGCUGGCGCUGCGGCGCGUGGACUGGAUGGAUAUUGGCAGUGAACCUGUGGCCAAACGCGACUACAAGGCCGAGCUCGACCCGUUAUUGGUCCGCUCUAAGCUCACAGGUCGCGGCCCCCUAACCCCAGGGUGGCAGAAGAGGGAGCGGCCUCUCAUGUGUGCAUACAAGGUGGUGCGAGCCCAGGCGGAGUAUUGGGGUGUGCAGAACAGUGCAGAGCGGCUGCUCAUCAACUCGCUCAGGCAGAUCUUCCUGCUAGCGCACAAGAACUGCUUCGGGCUCUUAGACCACUGGUACCCGCUCUCGCUCGAACAGAUCAUUGCAAUCACCGACAAGAACAAGCCUCAGGUCCCCGUCCCAAAGCCCCUCCCUCCUCCCGAACCUGCUGCCGAGCCUGUUCCAGAACCUGCCUCCGAACCUGAAGGUCGUAGCAAGAGGGACGGGUUGAUAGCGGGCGGUGUGGAAGAGGGGAGGGAGGGGAGGAGGGAUGGGAUGCUGACAAGAGGGAGUGAGAGUGAGGGAGGUGAGGGGGAGGGGGAAGGGGAGGAGACGGAGGAGGAAUCAGAGGAGGAGGAUGAGGAGUGGGAUGAUGAAGUGGAGUUCUACGAAGCACAGAUGCAGUGGGCGGCCGAGGAAGAACUCUUCGGAGAGAAGAUGCUUUCAGACCUGGGUCAUCCGCUCUCCCUCUGCUUGGAGCAGCCCCCGCCCCUCUGCCCCCUCUGCUGUGCGCGCACACACCACCAGGGCGGGCAGCUGGAGGGGAGAGAGAGGUCGGCGGAAGCUGGCAGGGCAGUGCAAGAGUGUGCGCCGGCUGUGUUCUGUGUGUCGUGUGGCGAGUUCUUCUGCCACCGCUGCUUUCACGAGUUCCACAUCACGCCUCGCUUGCAGCAGCAUGCCACACACCCCAUCGCUUCUUCCCAGACGAUUCCUCCUGCCGCCCCUGCUGACACACAGAAUGGCUACUCCUCUCCACUCAAUCAGAACCUGCCACGUGGCAGCACAGACACUGUCCCCACGCCCCCUACCACCACCAGUCACCGCAUUGCACCCAGCGGCACCAGCACAACCACAAGUAAUACCGAGGAGGACCACUCAAUUGGUGUCGGCAGCGCUGGUGCUGUUGCUAGUGCUCCCUCUGCUGCUACCUCUGGUGCUGCUGCUGCUGCUGCCUCUGUUGCUGCUUCUGCUGCGCGCACAGAGAGGAGGAGGCAGAAGGCAGAGGCGAAGGGAUUGAGAGAGCGGGCAAGGGAGGGGGAGAGGGAGGAGAGGGAGGGCAUGAUGCUAGCGGCUCGAGAGGUGAGAGCGGAGGAGAGGAGGGACGAGAGGGAGAGGAGGGAGGAGGAGAGGGAGAGGAGAGGGGAGGAGAGGAGGAGCAAGGAGUGGAGGGGGAAGGGCAGCCUACUGGGGAGAGAUGGGGGUCGCAGGGGGAGUUGGCGUAUGGGAGAGGGGGAGAAGGGGGAAGAGGGUUUGUCGGAGGAGGGGGGAAGGGGAGCAGGGUUGUGGGGGGGAGGAGGGGUUGAGAGGGGGGAUGGGAGGAGAGCAAGUGGGAGGUGGGUCGCAGGUAAGCGCAGCAGCGCUGCCUUGAACAGCAGAGAUUCCCAGGCGGAUUUCCAGGUGGAAACUCAGGUGCUUUCAGCAGAGGCCGCAGAGGGCAGGGACGUGCAGAAUCGGAGCUCAUUCAACUUGUGGUUACAUGGUAACCCUGAUAAGCUUCUAGAAGCGGAUACUCCUCUUGCUGCAGCUGCUACUGCUGGUACUGCUGCUUCUGCUGCUUCUGUUGCUGCUGCUGCUUCUGCUGCUGCUGCAGCGGCUCCUGCUUAUGCUGGUUGUGCUGCUGAAUCUGCUGCCGCUGCUGCUCCCAACGAUUCCAACAUUCCCAGCACUCGACGUGCUGCCUAUGCCAGUGAUCCCAGUGCGUGUGCCUCUGGCAGCGGAAGUGCACAGGGGGCGAGCCCCAUUUGGGAAGGGCAGGCUGGCAUGCAGGAGGGGUCAAGUGGGAGGCCAGUGAGGGAGCGGCUAAGGGAGGAGUACGAGGGGCGACCUGUAGAGCUCUCAAUGGCUCUCGUUGGUGGUAUCCUCGCCAUCUAUAAGGCCGCUGCUAACGCUGAUGCUAAUGCUAAUGCUGCUUCUGCUACUGAUGCUGCUGCUGCUGCACCCUCCGCCGCCUUGCACGGAAUCCCAUCCCCCACACUGACCUCCUCGCUAUCCUCACCAUCGCUCGCAUCGCUGGGUUCCGGAGCAUCUCAGCCAUCCGUCUCUGCCCGGCACUCUGACUCCGCCCUGGCUCACAUUGACCCUCCCACCCCUCUCUCCACCUCUCACCCUCCCUUGCCUUCUUCCAACAUAUCCUCUCAGCAGCCGCAGCGGCAGCAGCAGCAGCAGCAGCCAGGCACCCCAUUUGAACGCUCACGCGCCUUCUCCUGGAUGGGUCCUAGAGUCUUCUCCCGCUCCGCCUCCUCCCCCACCCUCUCUCACACUCACUCACACACCACUGCUGCCCCACACUCGUCCGCUGCUUCUCUCACUUCCACUCUCUCUGCUGCCGCUACCAAUUCCCCCUGGUCCUCUGUUGCCAGUCUUCCUGGCAGCAUUGCAAGCUCAGCAGCGGCUGUUGCUGGCGUUGCUCCUGAUUUGCCUGAAGAUGAUGUGUGUGCUGGUGACUCAGCACCUGGGGUUGCUGAUGUGACUGUAACAUAUGGGGAAAAUGUGACUGUAACAAAUGGGGAAAAUGUGACUGUAACGGAUGUGCAAGUGGUUCUGGACUAUCUGGCAUCGGAAGCAGGCACAGCUCAUCGACAUGAGCUCCAACGGUUCAGGAUCCUAUCAGAGCUGCUGGCAGACAUGCAGCCACAGCAGCUGGGGCACUCGGAGCGACUGGCCUUCUGGAUCAACGUGUACAAUGCACUAGCCAUGCAUGCGUAUCUGGUGUAUGGCCAGCCACGCAGCCACUACAAGCGAGUCAUGUUCAUGCACAAGUCGGCCUACAUCAUUGCUGGCCUGCCCUUCUCCAUCCUCGCUAUAGAGCACUGCAUUUUAAGAGCUGCGUCCUUCCAACCAGCACUGGCCUGCGCUCCCAUCACUGUCCCUGCCCCCCUUGCCCCCUCCCCUCCUCCCCCUCCCUUCAAAAUCCCACACAAAAAUGUCACACACGCACGAAAGUAUCCCACUACCACCCUGCUUUUCCCCCUUUUCCAGGCGGGUCUGCUGCCAGUGCAGCGCUACAGGCGGGGGGACGUGCGUGGCGCUACAGCCUGGCUCUGCACCCUCGUCACACCUCCUUCCCUUUCCCCACCGUCCACCCUCUCAACAUUCUCCUCUCAGGCGGGUCUGCUGCCAGUGCAGCGCUACAGGCGGGGGGACGUGCGUGGCGCUACAGCCUGGCUCUGCACCCUCGUCACACCUCCUUCCCUUUCCCCACCGUCCACCCUCUCAACAUUCUCCUCACAGGCGGGUCUGCUGCCAGUGCAGCGCUACAGGCGGGGGGACGUGCGCUACAGCCUGGCUCUGGACCGGCCCGAGCCUCUCGUCACCUUUGCUCUCAGCUGUGGCUGCGCCUCCGCUCCCCCUGUAAGCCUCGCCUCCCUCUGGCCCUCCUCACUCUCACCCCCCCUCUCCAAUUCCCUCCCUCCUCUCCCCUUUUUACAUGUGCUGUUCUGCCCUGGCAUUUACACAUUCGCACAUUACUUGCCACUGUGCUAUCACACCCUCACCCUGAUCCCCACAGUCACUGCGGGCAGCGCAGCGGCAGAUUCAGCGGAGGCCGAGAGCACAGUGGCGGAAGACAUGAAGCAGCGGAGAGGCCUCCGCGGCAAAACCGAGGCUGACGUCAUCGUCAUCGGUUCCGGAAUCGGCGGGCUCUGCUGCGGCAGCCUCCUCGCGCGCUACGGCCGCGACACGCUCGUGCUCGAAAGCCACUACCUCCCGGGCGGCGCGGCGCACGGAUUCACGCGAAACGGCUUCUCGUUCGACACGGGCCCAUCGCUGUUCUCAGGAUUGUCGUCGCGCGGCCCGCAGGCGAACCCGCUCGCGCAGGUUCUCGACGCGCUGGGGGAGACCGUGCCGUGCGCGGCGUACGACAGCUGGAUGUGCUACCUGCCUGAAGGCGACUUCCUCUCCCGCAUCGGCCCGUCUCACUUCAUUGAGGUCUUACAGCAGCGAGUGGGGGAGGACGCUGUGCGCGACUGGCGCAAGCUCAUGGCAGUGGUGGAGCCUCUAGCCGGGCCCUCCAUGGCCCUUCCCCCAGCCGCUCUCCGUGCUGACCCUGCUGUGCUGCUCACCGCAGGGCUGAGGUACGGGCCAAGCUUGCUCCGCACGUUCGGCAACGCUGGGCCUGCAGCUGCGCUCAAUGCAUCUAAGCUGAUGGGUCCGUUCUCCUCGCUAGCCAACUCAGUGGGAGUGAAGCACCCCUUUGUGCGCAACUGGAUCGACCUGCUCUCCUUCCUGCUGUCGGGACAGAAGGCCGACGCCACCAUUGCGGCUGAAGUGGUGUACAUGUUUGCAGAGUGGUACAAGCCAGGGAGCGUCAUGGAGUACCCUCUCGGCGGCCCAGAGGCGAUUAUUGAGGCGCUUAUAAGGGGGAUGGAGAAGCACGGCGGGCAGCUCUCCCUGAACUGCCACGUGGACAGCAUAGUGGUGGAGGGCGGCCGGGCAGUCGGCGUAAAACUUAAAUCCGGGCAGGUUGUUCGCGCCCGAACAGCCGUGGUGAGUAAUGCAUCGGUGUGGGAUACCAUGCGACUGCUGCCACCCGGGAGUGUACCUGCGGAGUAUCGGAAAGAGAGGGAGGCUACACCUGAGUGUGAUUCAUUCAUGCACCUGCAUCUCGGAAUCAAGAAGGAGAAUCUUCCUGCUGACCUGGAAAUCCAUCACAUCGUGGUCAAUGAUUGGUCGGUCGGUGUCGAUGCGCCUCAAAACGUGGUCCUCAUCUCCAUCCCGACGGUUCUCGAUGCGUCACUGUCGCCACCUGGCACCGUCUCAUUGCACGCGUACACUCCGGGGACCGAGCCCGCUUCCCUGUGGCAAGGCCUGGAUAGGCGAUCGGCUGAAUACAAGAAGCUGAAGGAGGAGAGGGCUGAGCUGGACGGCGCGGCGGACGUGAGCGCACAACAGGCGGCGCGGGGGCGGGACAUUCAGGGCAUCCCGUGGGAGCGGCUGCACUUCACGCGCGCAAAGUACCGCGCCAUGCGCCUGCAGCAGUACAAGAACUACAAGAACCUCGACGUCCCAUUGGACGCUGUCGAUAAGGAAGUGAAGCAGGUCAGCACAGACGCGGAGUUCUUCAGUUUCGCCUACAACACGCGCGCCGUCAAGUCCACCAUCGUGCACUUCCAGCUGCGCAACCUAGUGUGGGCGACGUCGAAGCAUGACGUGUACACGAUGCACGGCCACACCAUCGGCCACUACUCCGCGCUCUCCCGCCGCUCCGUUGACUUCCUUGACCUCAGCGGACCCGUCGUGCCCAUCUCCCAUCUUUCCCUCACCCCUCUAACCAUCCCCCGUCUCCUCCUUUGUCUCCUCCCCAUCCCCACCCCGGGCCCACCCACUUCCACCCCAACCCCAACCCCCCCUCGCCCUCCCCCUCCCCUCCCCUUUCCCUUCCCCUUCGCCCUCCGCCAGCUACAGCGCGCCCCCUGGCUGUACCACCAGCGCGCCACCACUGCCACAUUGCGCCCAGGCGGACCCAGACUCUAUGGGGGCGGGGGGACAGGGGGGACGGGCGGAGCAGGUGGGGGAGUAGCCACUGGCGCGGGGGGAGCAGCAGGGCCUGGGAGAGGGGAUGGAGGGGGAGGGGCGGCGGCAGGGGGGAAUGGGGCAGGAAUGGCGGAUGAUGGGACAUGGGAACCAGUGGGUCGGGUGCAGGUGAGCACGCUGUGUGUGCGCAACGGGCUGGUGGCAGCGGGGGGCUUCAACGGCGAGAUGGUGUGCAAGCGGCUUGACAGCGGCGCAGAGGGCGGCGUGUCGUAUGCUGGGCGGAUAACACGCGAUGAGAGCGCCAUCACCAAUGCAGUAGAGAUCUUUGAAUCCGCCAGCGGAGCAGUGCGAGUGCUAACGUCAAACAAUGACUGCCUCGUGAGGGAGUUUGAUGCUGACUCGUUUGCCAUCAUCGCCCGCCACCACCUGCCAUGGCCCAUCAAUCACACGUCAGUAUCGCCGAACGGCAAGCUGGUGGUGGUGGUGGGGGAUGAUCCAGACGCCUUUCUCAUGGACGCCACGUCUGGCCGGGUGGUGGCGCCUCUGAGCGGCCAUGUGGACUACUCCUUUGCAUCAGCCUGGCACCCCAACGGCCUCACAUUCGCCACAGGCAAUCAGGACACCACCUGCCGAGUCUGGGACCUGCGCUGCCUCUCCCGCUCCCUUGCCACCCUCAAAGGCCGCAUGGGCGCGAUCCGGUCCGUCCGUUUCUCAUCCGACGGCCGGUUUUUGGCCGUAGCUGAACCGGCGGAUUUCGUACAUGUGUAUGACGUGAAAGGGGAGUAUGAGAGGAGCCAGGAGAUUGAUCUGUUUGGGGAGAUUGCGGGGGUGUCGUUCUCUCCGGAUUCGGAGGCGCUGUUUGUGGGUGUGGCGGAUCGCACGUAUAGCAGUUUGUUGGAGUUCAACCGGGCGCGGUGUUGUGACUAUAUCGAUGCUACCCGCGCAUCCGCGGGGGAAACUGCGCUGCUUCCGCCAAAUUUCGUGCGUCCGCCGUUUCGACCUGCCGCAGAAAGCCGCACGUUCCGCGCGUUUGAACGGUGGAUGCGCGACGAGGGCAAGAUCCAAUGGUCAGAAAAGCUCGUUUUCCUCCUCACCUGCCCUCCCCCUCCCCCACGCAACCUCCGCCACGGCGCACGCGCCCGUCACUCCCGCGCCUCUCCUUCCGUCUCCCCCGGUCCCUCCGCCUGCCCCCCGCCUGGUCCGCUCCCCGUGGGGGUGUUUGCACGCGCUCCCCUCCCCCUUGGCACAUCCGUUGCGACCAUCCCCAAGUCCGCCUGCCUGACUCCACGCACCUCCCUGCUUGCGCCCUACUUCUCCGCCUCCCCGUUCUUUCAAGCAGAGGGGGAGGCGGAAGGGGAAGGGGAAGGGUCAGAGGAGGGGGAAGGGGAGGCGGAUGAGGAUGGGGAGGGGGGGGAAGAGGAGGGGGGAUCAGGGGAUGCCAGAGAGAGAGGAUGUGCCGGUGCUGUGGGGAAAACGGAAAGCGAAGGAGCUACUAAAGGGGACAGAAAUCGAGCAGGUACCAGUAGCAGAGCUUCACGUCCCCCACCCUCUCCUGCACCCCGCCUCUCUCCACCCCUCUCCGCCUCAACACAGGCCGUCCCCAGUGACCUAGUGGGCAUGCGUGGGGAGUGGAAGCGCCACAUUCUGCCCUUCCUCCUCUCCCUGCCACCCCACCUCCUCCACCUCCUCCCACCAUCCCCAACCGCUUCAAACGAUCGAUACACACACGAGCAGCCGCCAUUGGAGGAGAAUCUGCCGUCGCCCAAUCAGCAGCUGCCAGGUCAGCAGAUGACUAAUCGGCAGCUGCCAGAUCAGCUGUCAUGGGAUGCCUACCUGGCAGUCAAGUCGCUCAUCUCCUCGCGAGCCUUUUCCAUUGACAGCUGGCACGGGCACGGCAUGGUUCCUCUGGCUGACCUGUUCAACCAUCGCACGGCAAGCGAGUCAGUUCACUUUACAAUCAACGAUGGGGAGAGUGAUCCAGAGGAGAGUGGCAAAGAGAGUGAUGAAGAUGGUGAGGAGGUGAGCGAGGAAAGGAGCAAAAGCGAAAGGGGGAAGGGUGGAGACGAGGAGAAGAACGGGGCUAGAGGUAGGGGGGAGGAGGAGGAGGAAGAGGAGCAGUCACUCGAGAAGGAAGGCGAAAGGGAGAAGGCAAGCGAGCAGCUGGAAAUGAUAAUGGUGCGGGAGGAGGGACCUGGGGACGAGGUGUUUAACACCUACGGCCAGCUCAGCACCGCAGCUCUUCUGCUCCGGUACGGCUUCACCGAGCCUCUCAGCUUCGGCGGCGCCGGACCUAAGGGUGGGGAGGAGGAGCUGCCAGUCAGGCUCGGCAAGGGUGGACCAUGGGGUGGAGAAGAGGAGCAGUUGGAGUGUAUAUGCAAUCUACAGUACAACCCAUUUGAUCUGGUUAAUGUGGACCUGAAUGUCAUUAUAAAGGGGCUCAGUCCCGACCAAUCACAGGCCAGCAGUAGAGGAGGGAGAGCAAGCCAAGGAGAGCGUUUCGCAAAAACAGGGCGAGAAUCCAGCCAAUCACAUCGCAGGGGUUCAGGAACUUCCCGGGCGGCAAAGAUUGUUCGUGAUUCUACCUACCCUUCCACUUGCUCCUCCCGGCGCUUGCGGUGGGCUGUGAAGCUGCUAGAGAGGGCUGGGUGCCCCCCGUUAGAGUCACAAGGGGAGAGAUAUUUUGAAAUAUCUGCUGACGGGCGGCCGCAGCUGGAGCUGCUGCUGCUGCUGAGGUUGGCGGGGCUGGGUGACGUGGCAGCUGCCAGGGUGGACGCCAGAGUGGCAGAGAGGGAGGCUGACGUGGAUUGGGCUGGGAUGGGGGCUGCUGAGCUGGCAGGGAUGGUAGAGGAGUGGGUGGAGGGGAUGGGGGAGGGGGAGGGGAUAGAUAGGCGGGCAGGGAGUGUGGGAGGAAAAGAGAAGGGGCAGGGUGGUAGCGGAAAAUGUAUUGAGGGGAGAAAGAGGAGGGAGGGAGAGGAGAGGAUGCGUGAUGGUGAGGUGUCAGCGAGAGGAGAUGAAGGGGAGGCUGAGUUGGGUUCGGAUGAGUCAAGUGAGGGGAGGAAGGGGAGGAAGAGAAGAAGAGGGGGGAGGGAGAGAAGGGACAGAGGUGGUGGGGAGCAUGGUUCAAGAACAGAGUGCAAGGAGGAGCAAGAGAUGGUGGGAGUGGAGAGGGAGGAAGAGAAUGGGGAUGAGGAGGAGGAUGGAGCGGAGAGAGGAGAGGAAGAUGGAGAGGAGGGUGAGUAUGAGGGAGAGGAGGAGAGCAACGAGGAAGAGGUGGCAGCAACCCGUGGGCUACUUGAGCUGCCGACUGUGCGAGCCCUGCUCAGCACAGUGCUGCACGCACGUGACCGCAUGUAUGGGGGAGCACUGAUUACUGCUGCUAAGGCUGCGUUGGACCAGCAGAUGCCUCAAGGCCGUGGGGGUAAAGGACGUGGGACAAGGAGCGAUGCACGUGGGAUGGUGGGUGCGGCAGCGAAUGGCACGUGGACAGUGGUGGAUGAGUUGAGGGCUGCUCAGGUGAUGGAGAGGAAGGAGAGUGCGAUGGGGGUUUGGGGGUGGGAGAGGGAGGAGGUAGAGAGGAGGGAGGGGAGGCAGAGUGAGGGCGGGGAGCAUCGGAGGGAGUGGUGGCGAUUGCUGCAUGCGAGGCGGUUGAGAGUGGCUGAGAGGGGAGUGUUGAUGCGGUGCAGAGCAGUGUGGCUGGGUGAGCGGUGCUUGUGUGGGAGGGAGUGGAGAGGAGAGGAGGCGUGCAGAUUGUGA